AUGAUAAACUCAGAUCAGUUUGUAGUUACAGUAAAUGCAUUUCUCUGUACAAUGUUACAAUUCCUAUACAAGAAUACAUUUACAACAGAAGAUAUACAUCUGUCUCAGCAUCCAUUCAAAGUGAUGAAAGAUUGCUUAACAAAUCUUGCCACAUUUGAAUCAGUCUGUAAGAACUGUUUCGGGAGUAUUAGUCCUCUGGAGAAGAACAAUAAGUCACAGAGUUGCAGUCUACAACAUCAGAAGUCAUCAUCAAUAUCACUUGAUUCUGAAGAUGAGACAUUUAUCCGAUUGUUAGUCAAAUAUCUGUCACAAUGUCUUCUAUACACAGAUACAAAACUACAGCCAGUAUUUGUCUGUAAACUGGAAGCACUUGUUGAAAUAUUAUACAAUAUAUUAUCACAUAGAACUGGUCAAUUAAUGUGUCAAAAUUUGAUAAGCGAACCGUUGAACUUGAUCGAAAACUUGUUAAGCUUUACACUGAAGUUGUUAAAUACGUCAUUGGGAGAUAUGAAAAUCUGUAGUAACAAUGAUCAAUCUUCCCAACAUCAUCGUCAUCAUCACCUAAUGAAUAUAGUUAUUAAAGUAAUUCAUUGUGGUCAGAAUGUGAUUCGACGUUCUACAAAUUUGCAUUUCGAUAAUGUGCAUCGAUUUAAUACCAUGUUGGUCAAUGCAUGGAAUCAAAUAGUUAAUUUGCAGUCAACUUCAAGUGUUGACGCUAAACUACACGAUUCAACAUGUGGAGAAUUUUUAUCAAAUUUAAGCGACUGUCUAAUUCAUUCACUUGGCUAUCCAGUUGGAAUUGAAUCAUUGAGCAGUGCAGAUUUAUUAACACACUGUAUAGACUACUUACAAAAGUAUCUUAUCAGUCAGUGUAAUAUAUCUUUUAUCAGACCGCAUACAUUUGGUUAUUUGUUAAGUCAACUGGCAUUGAAUAAAUCCAGCCUAUUGGGUUUGCAUAACUCGCAUAUUAUUGAGCUGUUAGUUAGACAAGCCUGGAAAUCAAUUGAAUACUUUGAGUGUACUGGUCAUACAGAAUUAACGGGGAAUUAUUCAUCCUUGCAGAGAACAUUUCAUCCACCGAUAUGGUCUAUUGAUCCGAUAGAUAAAAUAGCUUAUAAGCCUCUUAUCAAUUUGGUUCGAGUGACAACAUCAUAUGAAUUUGUACAAACUUUGAUGACCACUACUCAGUUGAUUACAAAUAAAGAAAGCUAUAACAGUGUCAUCGAUAUACCAACAAACAUUUGUGGAUUUCUUGACCGUGUCGUUUUCAUAAAUAAUGUGUCUAAACUUCAAUCCCUGUUUAAUCCUGAACAAUGUCAGUUAUUCGGCUUAAGACUUCUCUCCUGUAUAAUAUCUUGUUUGGAUUCCCUGCUAUGGUUUGAAGCCCACUGUAAUUUAUCUGAUUUCUUGUUAAGUUGUCAAAAUGAGAAAAGAAUUUCAGAGACAAGUUCAAAUGUUGUCUUUGAUGCCUUGACAAUUGAACGAAAUUACUUAUUAGUGAAAAUAUUCUUUAUCGGUGGACCAAAUGAACGUGAACUACCACCAAGAGUACUUUGUCAGCACACAAAUCGUUUAUAUCCUUAUCGUAUUAUUCGAAACAAACCAGCCUACAAUGAUACCGUCUUUCAUGAUAGUUGCUCUGUCAAUAAUAAAACCAUAAAUAAGUGUGAACAGCCCCCCUGUAAGAAUUGGUAUACGGAAUUAUUUAAUGCAUCGAAUCAAACUCACUCACUCCUACCACUGUUAAUAUGUGAUUUACUGCCCUUCGAUCAGCUGAUACUGAAUUAUACAAUUACAUCGUAUGAAACUGCUUUAGAAUGGAUGAACAAAUGUCAGAAUAUCUUCAAAACUUCUAAAACCAUUGUCAAUCGUGAUCAGAAAAGUAUUCAAGAGAAAACUAAGGAUGUAGGUGAUUAUCUGAAUCAAUGUGUACUAGCAAUGAGUUAUUUACCUGGAUCGAAUACCAAUCUCCAACAGUUACCUAAAGUUAACGAAAAUGACGUUAAAAAUUUCCCACUUUCAAAGAUGGAUAAGAUUGCUAUCGAAUGGACUAUACGUUAUGGUCAACGAAUUGGUUUACUGCAAAGAUCUCAGUCAAAUCCCAGUGAAGAUUAUAAGUAUUUCUACGAGCAACUGCACAUUCUUAUGCGUAAAGUUCGUUUAUCCUUUCAGAAAGAAGAUCAAUCACUCUCUAGACAAAAAGAUCAAGAUAAGCCAUUCGAUUGGUUUGUGGCUACAAUAUUCCUUAUAUGCAAUACAAAUUGCGAAAAGGCUUGGAAUUUCUUAUCCAGCUUUUCUAAACUUCCUCAUUCCCUUUAUCUUUGGCCUAACAGAUGCAAACAUACUAAAUUUCGUGAUAUUUUCUAUUUGAAAUCAUGCCAAUAUUUUGAACAUUUAUUAGCUAUUGAAUGCUCAAAUAUAUUUAGUAUAUUCGUCAUGUCUGAGAUUAGUCCAAUUCAAAUAUAUUUAAGAUGGACAAAUCAAUGCUACUGGAAUUAUUUUGAUUGGUUCAAUAUCCUGAAUUAUUUAUCUAUCUGCCUGCUGAAUCCAAUUCAAUUUCAAAUCUAUGUAAAUAUUAGUAUUAUAAAACAUCUUGGCCCAGCUUUACUUCAGGCUACAAAUGAACAACCUACUAGUCAAGAACAACAACAAGAACAGCUACUAAUAUUCUUACAGGAGGAACCAAUCCGAGGAUUCGAUUAUACCAAAUAUCUUUCAUAUAUGCAUGAAUUAGAUGAAAAGUAUACUAAACAACUGAAUAUGAAUGAAUGCAUGUAUCAAUGACGAUGCACAGCAAUAAAUGAAAGAUCUCUUAUUCAAAGAAGGGAAUCUAAUCGAAUUGCAUAUAAUAUACUGACUGUUUGAAGCAAAGUCAGAUGUGGAAAUAGGAAAACAAAGUAGCUGGUGUGUCGGGG